UGUGAGGGCUCUCCUGGCUCCUGCAUGGCCAUGGCAGCUUGGAGACCCCUUGCCACCCUUCUGUGGUGUGCAUGCCCCUGGCAACCAUCCCUGGCUCCAGGCAGCUGCAGCAUGUUGGCCCUGCCCAGCAAGUGCCCAAGUACAGCCCCAGCCCUACCUCUGCCCCACCUUCCAGCCCCAGGCACCCCCUUAGUGAGGGGACGGGUCCCCUGGGCCCUGGCAGAGCCUUGGCUGAGAGGUGGUGGCAGAGAUGGCCAUGAUGCCCUGGCCACAGCUGGGGGCUGGCUGGGGCUGGGGCUGCUCCAAGGCAACCGGAGGCACCUGCUCUCCCACUGUGCCAGGGGAAGGAUUUCCUCUACCCCACAGAAACUGCGAGGGAGCAUGGGUUAUCCAGAGUCUUUCCCAGUGGAGGGAGCUCUCCAAGCCCUAAAACUUCCCUCCCAUGGGACCCACUCUCGCCCUCGUCUCUCCCCAGUUUUCUUCUCUCCAGCAUGUGGUUCUGCUGCAGAGGGUCCUGUCUUGGGUUUCAUGAGCCCAGAACAGGGGCUUUCCCUGCACGGGUUAAAUUUUUCUUUUGCUGCUGUAUUUCUGUCUCCAAAUGACCUGACGGGAAGCAGCUGCCAGUUCUCGGUGGGGUUGUGGGUGACACUGAGGACAGCAGUGCAGGACUCUCUGCUGAGGAUUUGGACAAUAAGGAAGAUUCCUGAGCACAGCCUUGAGGCCUGGGCAUUGCUGUGGGGAAUUGGGAAUGGCCAACUGCCCUCCACAUCAGCAUCCAGCCCUUGGCCCUUCCCUCAGGUGGGAGGUUUCCACUCCUGGGAACAAUCAGGUGAAGGCUGGGUGCCACUGAAGACAGUGCCAUGGGCAUGGAGGUGGCUGCUGUGUGCCCUGAUCUUGGUGGGCUUGUUUCCCCCACUGCUGAUGAAGAUCUUGGGGUAUCAUAGGGAACUGCAGGAUGGGGGCAACACAGCCCAGCAUGUCCCACAUUGGGCAGAAUCUGCUGCUCAUCAUCCUCCCAGAGCACCUGGGAGGGUGAUGGGGUGGGUGCAGGUACUUGGAGAAAGCAAAUAUUCUGGCAAGCAAAGGGUGGGAUUUCCACAGGGGCUUCACUAGAAAUUAUGUGUGUUUUGACUUAGUGAUGUCAGCGAAUCAUAGACUCAUAGAAUGGUUUGGGUUGGAAGAUCAUCUCAUUCCAACACCCUGCCAUGGGCAGGGACACCUCCCACUAUACCAGGUUGCUCCAAGCCCCAUCCAGCCUGGCCUUGGACGCUUCCAGGGGUGGGGCAUCCACAGCUUCUCUGGGCAACAAAUUCAAGUGGCUGAAUGCACGAGAAUUGCUGCUGGUUUGGGGGCGGCUUCCCGGACAACAGGGACAAGUACAGCAAAUACCUUCACAGCUGGUGUUUCUCGCCGCUCUGGGAUGAAUUUUGUUAAUCCAGUCUUGGAAGGACCCGGGGGGGAGGGCUGGGGCGGGGGGCAGAGGUUAAACGGGGAACGUAGUCCAGCUAGAUUACAGUGAGGUGAUGGCUCCUCACAACUAGGAGCAGGCGCUCCCUGCAAAGGGACAACGGGGCAAGUGAGGGAGAGCAACCUCUGCCACCUCCCAGGCUACCACCACUGCCUCGGCUGCUUCGUGGUACCCAGCUUGGAGCUGGAGUCUGGCAAAUCCACGGGAGCCUGAAGGAAUCCAUCACUGAGUCUCAUUUGGGGUUUUGUGUUGGUUUGAGUUUCUUUUUCUUUUUUUUUCUUUCUUUUCUUUUUUACUACCGCCUUAGUUUGUGGCCUGUCUUGUUGUGGUUGGAAAGAGGAGUAUUGCUAGCAGGGUGGGUUGGUCGGUUGGCCCCACGCAUGAUCAUGUGCUUCCCUCUUCUCUCUGUCGAACGGGAUGUGCUCACCUGAUCUCCCAGAACAGAGACUUUGAACAAUUUGUUGUUUAUAUGAUGUAUUUAUUUUUACUUGUGUUUCAUGUCAUUUUUUAAAAAAAUAAUAAAUUGUAAGUUGGUAUAA